AUGAAAUUUCAACGGAAAUAUACGACCAGAGCAGGUGGAGCUGCUGGUGGAUUUGGAGGUGGAGGAGCAGGUGGAAGUGGUGGAUUUGGAGGAGCAGGUGGAGGUGGUGGAUUUGGUGGUAAAGGUGGUGGUGGUAGAUUUGGUGGUAAAGGUGGUGGUGGUAGAUUUGGUGGUGGUGGUAGAUUUGGUGGUAAAGGUGGUGGUGGUAGAUUUGGUGGUAAAGGUGGUGGUGGUAGAUUUGGUGGCGGUGGUAGAUUUGGAGGCAAAGGUGGUAGAUUUGGAGGCAGAGGUGGUAGAUUUGGAGGAAAAGGUGGUAGAUUUGGAGGCAGAGGUGGACGAUUUGGAGGCAGAGGAGGAGGAGGUGCUAAAUUUGUCCUUCGCUUUGGCGGACGUGGGGGAGCUGGUGGUCUGUGUUUCUCGCCUCAAGGUGGCCAGGCUCGUAACAAUGUUCCUCUUGUAUUUGGGCAAUGUAAAGAUCGCAAAGACGUUUUCAGGAUGACAAGUAGCGGUGCCUUAGCCUCGGUCGCAUUUAGAGGAUAUUAUAUUCGUUUAAGUGCUGGACGAUUGGUGUUGUUCAGAGGUGCUAGAGGUUGCGCGAAGUUUAAAUUCCGAGGUGGAAAAAUAAAGGUGAAGUCGGGACGGGGAGGAAGAUACAUGUACGUUCAAUCACAAGGUGGAGCACGAGCAUCUAUGGGAAUGCAAAUCGUUGCCAAAUCUACACGAUCUCGUUCAUUUAUGAAGUUUUCUUGUAUGAAGGCCAGUUCGAGAGGAAUGAAAGGUCGUGGAAUGCGAAUGAGCAUGCGCACAGUUAUGAGAAUGUCAGGCAGAAGUGCUCGAGGCCGGAAGUUUGUCCUUCGCUUUGGCGGACGUGGGGCAGCUGGUGGUCUGUGUUUCUCGCCUCAAGGUGGCCAGGCGCGUAACAACGUUCCUCUUGUAUUUGGGCCAUGUAAAAAUCGCAAAGAUGUCUUCAGAAUGACAAGAAGUGGUGCCUUAGCCUCGAUCGCAUUUAGAGGAUAUUAUAUUCGUUUAAGUGGCGGGGGAUUGGUGUUGUUCAGAGGUGCUAGAGGUUCCGCGAAGUUUAAAUUCCGAGGUGGUAAAAUUAAAGUGAAGCCCGGUCGCCCUGGUGGUAGAUACAUGUAUGUUCAGUCACAAGGAGGAGCACAAGCUUCUAUGGGAAUGAGGAUUAUCGCGAGGUCAAGAAGAUCUCAAUCGUUCAUGAAAUUUUCUUGUAUGAAGGCUAGUUCGCGGGGAAUGAAAGGACGAGGAUUUCGUAUGAGCAUGAGGCGAGUUAUGAGAGCAUCAGGAAGAUUUGGAGCAGGUCUGGGAGGAAAGUUCGUCCUUCGCUUUGGUGGACGUGGGGGAGCUGGUGGUCUGUGUUUCUCGCCUCAAGGUGGUCAGGCUCGCAAUAAUGUUCCUCUUGUAUUUGGGCAAUGUAAAGAUCGCAAAGACGUUUUCAGAAUGACAAGUAGCGGUGCCUUAGCCUCGGUCGCAUUCAGAGGAUAUUAUAUUCGUUUAAGUGGCGGACGAUUGGUGUUGUUCAGAAGUGCUCGAAGAAGUGCAAGAUUCAAGUUUACCGGUGGAAAGAUCAUGGUGAAAUCAGGAGGGGGAAGAUACAUGUAUGUGCAGUCACAGGGGGGUGCGAGAGCAUCGAUGGGAAUGAUGAUUAUGGCAAAAUCUACAUCGUAUCGGUCUUAUAUGAAGUUCUCUUGCAUGAAGGCAAGUGCGGGUGGCAUGAGAGGUCGAGGAUAUCGCAUGAGUAUGAGAAGAAUUAUGAGGACAUCAGGAGCAUCUGGGGGUAGAGCUUUAGUUCGAGGUCGAAAAUUCGUCCUCCGCUUUGGCACAAGACGGUCUGGUCUGUGUUUCUCACCUCAAGGUGGUCAAGCUCGUAACAACGUUCCUCUUGUAUUUGGGCAAUGUAAAGAUCGCAAAGAUGUUUUCAGGAUGACAAGUAGCGGUGCCUUAGCCUCGGUCGCAUUCAGAGGAUAUUAUAUUCGUUUAAGUGGCGGGGGAUUGGUAUUGUACAAAAGUGCUCGGAAGAGCGCAAGAUUCAAGUUUACAGGUGGAAAGAUCAAGGUGAAAUCAGGACGGGGACGAUACAUGUAUGUACAGUCACAGGGGGGUGCGAGAGCAUCGAUGGGAAUGCGCAUCGUGGCCAAGUCAACAUCAUAUCGAUCGUACAUGAAGUUCUCGUGUUUAAAGGCCACUUCACGUGGGAUGAGAGGCGCUGGAUUGCGUAUGCGCAUGAGUGGUAUCAUGAAAGCCUCGGGGGCGAUGUCGUUCCGUAGUGGCUUUAGAAUGAGCGGAAAAUGGAGAAGUGGAGGUAAAAUUGGAGGGAAAUGGCGUGGUGGAGGCAAGUUUGGAGGAAAAUGGGGUGGUGGAGGCAAGUUUGGGGGCAAGUGGGGUGGAAAAUUUGGUGCUAAAGGUGGCGGCAAAUUUGGUGGAAGUUUCGGAGGAGGGAAAGGUGGCGGUGGGAGUUUUAAGGUAGGAGGAGGUAGCUUUAAGGUAGGUGGUGGCGCAGGUGGAAGUUCUGGGGGGUCCUGGAGUACUGGAAGCCAGUCAGGGGGUUCAUGGAGUACUGGAAGUAGUGGGGGUUCCUGGUCUGUCAGUGGUGGAAAUAAGAAUGCACAAAGUGAUAAUCAGGGUUGGAAAAGUGGUAAAGACGUUUCUGACACAACUGGUUCAAAGGUGUCUGGUGGUACAGCCAACAAAGCUGAUGGUAGCACAACUAGUGCAGGAGUAUCUGGUGGUACAGCCAACAAAGCUGAUGGUAGCACAACUAGUGCAGGAGUAUCUGGUGGUACAGCCAACAAAGCUGAUGGUAGCACAACUAGUGCAGGAAUAUCUGGUGGUACAGCCAACAAAGCUGAUGGUAGCACAGCUAGUGCAGGAGUAUCUGGUGGUACAGUCAACAAAGCUGAUGGUAGCACAACUAGUGCAGGAGUAUCUGGUGGUACAGCCAACAAAGCUGAUGGUAGCACAACUAGUGCAGGAAUAUCUGGUGGUACAGCCAACAAAGCUGAUGGUAGCACAACUAGUGCAGGAAUAUCUGGUGGUACAGCCAACAAAGCUGAUGGUAGCACAACUAGUGCAGGAAUAUCUGGUGGUACAGCCAACAAAGCUGAUGGUAGCACAACUAGUGUAGGAAUAUCUGGUGGUACAGCCAACAAAGCUGACGGUAGCACAACUAGUGCAGGAGUUUCUGGUGGUACAGCCAACAAAGCUGAUGGUAGCACAACUAGUGCAGGAAUAUCUGGUAAUACAAUUGAUGAUACCCAGAACAACAAAAUAAACGCAAAUAACAUUUCCGCAGAGAAGAUGAUGAGAGAUGAAUCCGAAGCUGCCGCUCCUGCUGGUGGGAAAAUUGAUGUUAUCCAAGGUCAUCGGGGUAAGGGUGACGUGUGGAAGUGGGGCAAAAAAAAUAACAUCGGAUAGCAGCAUAAUAGACAUUUGAGAAUGGACAUCGACCAAAGACAAUUGAGUAAAGAAAUCUUUCAGAAUGAACAUAAAUGGUUGAAGAAAACGUACAAAAUAUGUAAAGAAUAGCAUAGAUCUUCCGUAUCUUGAAAAAAAUAUACCCUUUUGGGAGAUAGAAAGGUAUUAAUACCAGAUGGUAUAGAUUUUAAGAAUAGAGUCAAAAAUGUAAAUUUUUCUAAAAAACAACUACUUUAUUAAGAGCAAGAAUACCGGGCAUAUAGUCUUGUAUUUUCAUAAUAUAUAUUACUGUCUUAAAUAGUAUAACCCGUUCUACCAAAUCCUUCGUAAUUAGAAAACUUUUUUGUGGUCAAUAAGCAGACUGAUAACUGGUGCCUUUUCUCCCAAUCAACUUCGGGUGGAGGAUUGCCUAAUUAUCAUUUAUCAAUAGCUCAAAUAAAACAGAAAGACAUUUGGAAAGACUGCUAGCAUAUUUUUGUAAACAUUUGAAUGGGGUUUAAAACGAGGAGGUCAGUCAUGCUGAGAUUAGGCUUUGGAACCUGCGAAAAACCUGUCAUUUUGACAAACUCUGCAAAGUGAAAUUAUCAAGGAAUUUGUGACUGU